GAAAAAAACUACUGUACUACUCUCUGAUCCAACAAUAUAUAUGCGCAUGUAGCUAAGCAGAGAUCAAGCUAACUAGGCCAAACUCGCUCUAUAAUUAAUUAAUUCGAUUAUCUCGGUAGCUACUAGACUACUAUGCGAUGGCUCCUGCAGCUUCACUUUCAGCAGUGGCAGCAGUCCUCCUCCUCUUCUCGUGGCCACUGCUUUUGGCUGCAGAACAGCCGUCGUGCCAGCUUGUGAUCUCGCAGCUGGGUCCUUGCCUGCCUUAUGUGUUGAGGUCUGUGCGAAUGCCUCCAGAUAUGUGCUGCAAUGGGGUCCUCUUCCUCGGUAGCAGGUACUCCCAGGACCAUGAGGCCCGGCAGGCUAUAUGCGAGUGCGUCCAGCACUCCAUUUCGCCUGUCCUCCCGAUCGACUUUGACCUGGUUAAUACGCUGCCCAUUGCCUGUGGGAUCAACGUCCACCUUCCCAAGUUAUCUUUCAGCGUCGACUGCUCCCAAGUUUGACGGAGUGUUUGCUGGUUUCUUCUACAAUAGGCAAGAACUCAAGCACAUGAUUCUACUUCCUUUGUAUUAGAUCGAGCAGGCAAGCAAGGAAUAAAUAAUUAAUGGUGUAUAAAAUAAGUCUUCUGUACAUCGAUAUCAACUGAUCAGAUAGGAAAUAAUGGGGAUACAACGGUCUAUUGCAACGUGUGGUACAGAGAUUUAACAUAAAUGUCUUCAAAAACAUAAGGUUUGGAUAAUUAUAGUUAACCAA